GUGGGAUGGGAUGGGGUGGCACGGCAUGGCAUGGCCUGGGGCUUACUGUGGAGAAGAGGCUGUGGGCAGAAGAGGCAGAAGCUGGAAGCCCAGUCGAGAGGGUACUUGAGUCACCUGGGUAAGAGAUGAUGGUGGUUCAGAGCAGCGUGGCAGCAGUGGAGGUGCUGAGAGGAGGUUCAGUCCUAGGUGUGUUUGGGAGAUUGAGCCAAAUGUGUUGAACUGGACACAAGGUAUAGCAGAGUGGAGUCUGGGUGACAGCAGGUUGGGGCCUGCACAGCUCGGGGCAUGGUUUGCCAUUAAUUGACCUGGGAAGACUGUGAGAUGAGCAGGUCCAGGGGAGAGAGUUCCACUCUCCUGCUCACCCCUCUCUCAAACGGAAAGUGGGUUAGGCCGGAGGCGCACGCUGACCAAUUGGCAAUACCAGGCAUGUCCUGGAAACGUCCCCACUCACCUCCCUGGAGUUCUGCCAACACCUCAGCGGGCACUGCUAUCCCCCUAGAGGGGUGCCUGACAUGCUCACCGUAAGGACACUGUGCUGGGAGUCACAGGCUUCACCCAGAGCAAUAGCAGGGCCCCCAAAGCAGGGCUCUGGCCGCUGACCCCAGGGUGUUGAGGUCCCAAAGUGCUCAGAUCCAAGGGCCAGCUUCGGUGGCCUGGGGUGUUUCCAAGGUAGAUGACAAUAGUGAGACCCAUAAGCACUUCCUGGGGCCUCUGAUGUAGCAGGCAAUGUGGGAACAGACCCACAUCACUGCCUCAUCUCCCCAUCUUACAGAUAAGAAGGUUCAGAGAGUGAAGUACCUUGUCCACAGCCUCCCAUCAUGAGGGAUCUGGGAUUCAAACCCAGAUGUAGGGGUUCUUAACUAAUAAUUGGCCCUGCCCAUGGCCUCAGGGGCCUUGGGACUUACCAACGGGGAUUUGGAGCUCUUCCCCAGAGCCCUCAUGGGUCACAUCCUAACAGGGAGGUGCUGGGACUCAUUGCCCAGGGCAAGAGGAGGAGGCCUGGCCUGUGGCCAGCCCCUGAUCAGACCCAGGAGCCCUGAGCUACUCUCUCCCAGGCCAGCAGGCCAGCGUGGCAGGAGGAGGCCCCGCCAUGGCCCUGCUCGCUGAAGAGGCAGGCAAUAGGCCAGAUCCAACUCUGCACGGUCCCCACACACACACGGUGGGCAGCUGGCCCCUUCCACCCACACGACCUCCGCAGUCCACCCCUGUGACCUCCAUGGUCGGCUCAUGCCUCCCAGAAAUAGGUCAGCGCUCACGGCUGCAGCCGGGGGAACAAUGGCUCUUUCUUCGUUCCUUCACGGAGCCGGGUAAGCCCCAUCGGGCCACACAUCUUAAUGUCUCGGAACCCACAUUUCUCCAGCCUGCCGUCAAUCAGACACCUGACCGGGUGCUCAGCAGUAUCUCCCGGCCCAUCCCACAGUUUGUGGUUCCCGCCCCCCCUCCUCUUCCUCCAGAGCAGGAUGCCCCAAGGGUUGGGCUUGUCCACUGCAGUUCACCCAGUCGGGCAGAGCUGAUUCUUCUGGCCCUGAACAUGAGGGCUGAGAAGGGAGGCCUGGACCCACCACCAGGAGGCACGGGCAGGCUCGCCUGCAGCACUGCCUUACAGCUCCGUGGUCCCUUCUCCACAGCUCCUGACAUCAUUCAGUGCUGGAGACGCCCACCCCUGUCCUCAGCAACAUCCCUCCUCCUCCCUGCCCGCUGUCCCUCACCCAAGCCUGCUGCCCAUCUUGCUCCUUGCAGAGGAGCCCCGUCCAGCCCACACAGUGCCAAGAGCAGCCAGUGGACCUCGAUGGGGUUUUCUGCCACCUUCCAGCACAAACCUGAGGCAGAUGCUGGAGGCUGUCCAGGCCCAGAGGAAGAGGCCCCCGGAGAGCUCAGAGCCACCUGCUGGCACGUGUGUUCCUUUGAGCCACCCGGGGAGAAGUCCUGCAUUGUAGCCUGCAGCCAUGUGUCUAAAACAAUAGUGAUCCUCACCCCGGCCCAUCCGUCGAGUCUUCAGCCGCUGGGCACAGACAAGUGAUGUGUCCCUUUCAAAUCCCAGCCUCGGAGGACGAGGCGCCAGGUGUGGCUUCCCCGAGGGCUACACUCGUGAGGCCCCGUCAGGCUGAGUUGCGUAGGGUGGUGGGCGUCCCCACGAGGUGGGUGGCUCAGGGCCCUGGAUGCGCCCAGCUCCUUCCAAGGCCACCCAGCCCCCACUGGCUUCCAACCUCCCUGGCUUUUGGCAAAUCCCACUCCACCAGGUCCUGAGAACAGAGGCUCUACUGCUGGAUAGAGCAAACGCCAAGGCUCUUUAGAAGCCUAACAGCCCACCCAGGCCCUGGGCCCCGUGGUAGAUGAAGGAAGCGGCCCCUCUCUCCCUGGAAGCGAGCUGAGGGCACAGCUUACCUCUGGGGCUGGGAGACAGGAAUUCUUUCCUCCUUAUCUGGAUGUAUUUAGGGCUCCUGGGACGUGACUAGAAAACCAAGUGGGGCGUCGUGGCCGUGCAGACUGGAAAUCUGUGCCGGCCGGGUGGGGGUGGGGUAGGACUGUGGACAGGGAACGCAUGCAGAUGGGCCGCCCCAGCCGUGUCCUCGUCCAGACCCGCCUGUGGGCCUGGCAGGUGGAGCAGGCAGGGUCUGCCCUGACGGACAUGCGCUCCCACCCCGGGCCCCGGCAGGUGGGGCCAAUCUCGUGCAGGGGCUGAGCCCCGGGUCCCAGCAGUGUUGCUUUUUUCUUCAUGUGGCCUGUGGGUUCUGGGAUUAUUUCCUCUUGGGCAGGCCCCAGUCCAAAUCACCAGUGAUGUGGCCUGAUUCAUUUGCACAGAUGGUGAGACCCGGGUAACGCAGAACAUUGCCCACUUUGCCCUAAAUGCCAGGGACCUCAGGGCUAAGUGGGUGGUCAGCGUUUUACUCAUCCCGGGAACCUGCUCUGCAGCCCACAGCGUGGCCCUCUGAGCGUUUCCCACUGCUCUGCUCCCAGACCCCACGAGUGCCCCACAGUGCCCAUCCUUCCAAAACUCAGACUCAGCCCAUGGGCAGGCCAGGCUUUCUGUGACCCAUGACCUGGCAGAUUCCCCUGGCACCCAAGUCUUGGAAGCUAGCCAACCUCUCUGCUACUGCCCACAGUCCCCUUCUGGGGGGGGGUCGAGUGGAGACUGCUGCCCCCCACUUCACAGAGGAGGAGUUCGGUCCUUCAGUGGCAUUGGUGCCACUUUGGGCAUCGGGCCAGUCACUCAUCCUGUAGUUUGCUCAACAGAUGUGUAUUGAGCACCAACUGUGUGCUGGAGGCCCAAGGUGAGGCCACAGACGGUACACACAGAAUCACGCGAAGAUGCAAAGGACGUCCGGAUACAGCUGUGAAUGAGCUGCGGCUUCCCAUACAGUACCUCGCUGAAUCCUCACGGCAGUCCCAUUGUAUAGACGGGACUCAAGAGGUUCCCUGCCUCCUGAGCCCCAGCCAGAGUUUCCCACUGUGGUCCUAGGAUUAGAGCGGUGACCCCUGUUUGCAACCAGUGAGCUGUUCCCAAGGGAGAGGCAUCUGUGUCCAGACCCCAGGCUGAGCCAACUGAGUCCUGCCAGCCUGCCAUCAUCCACCCCAUCCCUUCCGUGAUGGCUGCUAAGCAACCCCCAGCCCUGAGAAUGCACCAGCUCCUCUCCCUCACCCCACUGACCCUUGCCCAGGACCUGAAACAUUUUAACAAUGCCAGGAAACCAGGUCUCUUCCGAGUCUGUGUCCACAGCAUGGGUCCUAGGUCAGGGAGGAGCCCAGCGGGCAAAGGGCUCUCUAAUAGGGAAAGAGGAGAUGGAAGGUAAAGAAACAAAGUACGGAGCAGGGUCUGGGGCUGUGAAGUGGGAGGAGGAGCCUUACCGGUGUGGUCAAGGAGGACUUCAUGGAGGAGGUGCCAGUCCCCAAGCCACUCCAUGAGUUUGGAUUUCGGCCAAUAGGAAGGUGGCAAGAGAGUAUCAUGGUCAAGGUCUUGCUUUAGGUGGCCAGCUCUGGCCAGGCUGGGAGGAAGCCAGGUGGCUGGAGGCUGACAAGACUGGAGGCCUUGGCCAGGGGCGAGGGACUGGGCCUGGGCCCUGUGGGGAUGCACUGGAGUGGCUGCCACUCUGCCACUGCUUGCGCUUGCCCCACCUCAUGGCUGUUAGUCGGGGGCAGAGGAACUCAGAACAGGACCCAUCUCUGGCAGUGGAGCCUGUCUGGACAAAGUGCCACUCGCCAUGCCAGGGGCUGGGGAGGGAGCUGAGGUGGCCAGAGUGGGACUUGCAGGGUUUGAGGGCCCCGUGGCAUCCACAUGCCUCCAGGCCCACCCUCCUCCUUGAGGGAGCAGCCCAGGCUCCCCUCCUCACUGCAGCAUCUGGAGCUGCACAGAGAGGCUGCCCUGCUGGGGGCGCCCAGACCUGAUGCCUCCCCACCUCUUCCCCCACAGGGAACAUC